AUGUACCCUGGAUAUAAAGUAACGCAAGUCAACAUAGUACUUGACUUGCUAUCUGGGUACGACACGGAUUUGAUUAGUAAACUGGCUGAUGUAGGCCUCACUGAAGGACUAAAGAUUACUCAUUUAAGAGGAGCAAAAGAUUUACCGUUAUUUCUUCCUCAACCAUGGACUGUCAGCCUAUCAGAAGACGAAGACAGUCUUACUCACGUCUUACACGACAACAUCACAAGCGAACCCAAAAUUUUCCGAUUUCUCCUCGYCGUGACCGUCAUCGGAACAAUMGUUUCUGCGCCSACUCACAUGAUGGCGGAUACCGCGACGCUAACAAGUCUGGACGGUGCUUUACACAAGUAUGGUAGAGUGCGYCUAUGGGGAUCCCUUGGGUGGGGCGUGGGUGGAUUCUCGGUCGGCGCAGCWGUUAGUACGAGCUACUCUACCAGAUGUAACGGAGAAGUUAUCAUUAAUUAUUUCCCAUGCUUWUAYGUAUACGGUGUUGCCAUGGGGAUUGCGUUUCUAUGCGCAACGCAGUUCCGAUACAACAGAGUUGAGACUGAGAAAAUAGUGUCCGAUAAAACAGACUCCUCGGGUCUUUGGAAUGGACUAAAAUUGCUUCGUAGUCCUCAGUAUUGCUUUAUUCUUGUAAUAGCAUUUUAUUGUGGAUCCGCUACAGGAUUUAUCGAGACGUUUCUAUUUUGGUAUCUACAUGAAAUGGGCGGAGAGCAAUUUCUAUUCAGCGUUAUCAACGGCAUGAACUGUGCCGCUGAAGUGGGUGUUUUCCUCAUAUCGGACCGUUUAAUCUCCUGCUUUGGUCACGUGAACAUCAUCUAUCUAGCCCUCGUUUGCUAUUCGCUUAGAUUUUUAUAUUUUUACUUCAUGACGAGCCCGUGGUGGGUUCUACCAGCGGAAUUGCUUCAAGGAAUAACAACAGCAGCGUUUUGGGCUUCCUGUGUUUCGUAUGUGGGACUUCACCCAGGAGCGUCGCAUACUUUGCAGGGGAUUCUAAAUGGAGUGUAUAUGGGAUUGGGUUUUGCCGCGGGCGGUUUUGUGGGGGGUGGGGUGGUGCAUUUAGUAGGAAUGCCCGACGCAUUUCUUAUUUACUCUGUCGUUAGUCUUCUAUUGUGUUUAGUAUUUGUUGCUCUUAAUAAAUAUCAUGGGAACUAA